AUGGAGCCGCCCAGCAAUAAGAGGAAGAAUCACGGGGACGGCAAUAGGGAAGACAUACCUCGGGCCCCAAAGAGAUAUCACCCAGCUAAUCAUACCACCCACGCUUCUGACAACGCUCAAAAAAAUCAUCAACGUUGUAGCCCAUUGAUCGCGGGCAAUAUAAAGCGCGUUGAUGCAGUGCCACAUCACGAGAAUCCAUGGUCUGUGGUCGAGGAUCAGGUCGAAGAUCGAUAUGUAUUUGAUCUUUCUGAUAUUGAGGACGAAUAUGACCGAUUGCAGGAUCCUGAUGCAGAUUGGUCUGAGGAACAUAGUGCUUGUGUUCUGGCUGACAUUGGCACGGCUCCAGUGUCUGAUCAUGGCCAAGAUGAAGCGUUGUCUGCUCAUCUAGUCAUGGGUGUCCCGUGCGGUUUACCUUCUGGGGACAAGUUUGAGCGUGCCCUGAGAUCCGUCAUUGAGCCUCUGCUGGACUGGGCUCAGAGAAUGUCCUUUUCCUGCUUCAAGAAAGAAAAGCCUAUCACCUGGACUUUUUUUCUCGGUCUGCGACGAUACGAUGUGGGUACACUUAUGACUAAUGUCCUCUCGGUUACACUGCCAGAGGUGAAAGCACUAUUCGAGAAGGACAAGUGGAUGGUUGAAGACCUACUUUCUCUUCCUUUGUUGCGUUACGCUGAUGAACGCAUGGUGAAUUACUGCCACCUUGUUCCUGGCGAUUUUCCAGAUCAAGAGUUUGGAUGUGAUGGUUAUGUGGGAUUCACUGGUCAUGGGGGAGUACGCCGAACCGGCCAUGAAUUGAGUAUCAGGAGUGGCGUUCGAAAUCUACACUAUGAUAGAGCGCGUCUUCCUGGGGCUCUGAGCAGGUUUGUGCUACUCGCUGUUUUCGGCUCAGGUGUUGAUGCUGCCAAUGCUCAGCUUGCAGAAGGGCUGUUUAUGAUUAUCUUCGACACUUUUCAGUGGCAUGGACGUGUUUACGCAGGUAGCACGCUGUCCACCUUCGAGCUAGCUGAGGUGAUUCGAGAUCCAGUCCUGUAUUCUCCGGGAUGGAAAGGAUUAAACUCAUGCUGGUCCCUCAAACAGGGAAUCCCUGGAACAAAUCUUCAGCGGGCAUCGGAGUGCAGCAAUUUUCCUUGUAAGAACACGGUUCUUCGCCGACAGGUUUUGAGUCAUAUGGAAAGUCACCCAAUCACGAUGACUCGGCGUUUCCUGCUGCGGGAGGAUGAUCCCCUUGCUGGUUUCAUCUGCUCCUAUUGCUACGGUUACCGCGACCGAGAUUCCAAACACAAUUUGCCCAAGCUAGAGUAUGUGGCCAACGCGCAGGCUCAGCAAAAGCGGCUCGAGGAUAAGAAGGCUGGAGUCCAAGUACAUUGCGGACAUUGUCAUACUCCACAGAACCCAAAUGCGCCGGAUUACACAUGGUCAGAUGAAUACCAGAUGAUCUUGUGUAGGGCUUGCCGGGCUUCAAAAUAUGCCACCGGUGAACUGCGAUCCCUUGGCGCCAAGAAACGACAAGAGGACAAGGACUUUCUCGUGCAGAACGUCGGAAGAUGCCAAAAUGGCAAUUGUCCUGUGACCGAGAAUAUCAACCGCCUUAAAUAUGGCAAGCCACUCUUGUACUGGAAAGAGGUUAGCUUACGGUGCGGCGGAUGUUAUGCCUACCUGGUCAGAUAUGGCAACGAUCGAAACGGCCCUGAGAAGCUUGCUCCAACACCAGACGAGCUUGCAAAGCUUCAGAAAAGGCCGCCGUAUGUUUGUGUCAAGUGUCAUGCUGUGGAGGGCUUUCCAGGUGUCUCAAAGACCUGGCAUAGGUCUGAGGGGAGUAACAUUUGCCGGCCAUGCUACAGGGUUCCAGGUGGUCGUGACCCGCAAUUGCAACGCCUACAGGAAACACAAGCAGAAGUCAAUAUUCUGAGAAAACUAGGUCACGAGAUUACAUGUCCAUGUGGAACAAGAGAGGGAAAAGAUGGCACCAAGAAAUUCAAGGUCCAUAAGCUCCUGUUAUUACCACUUUGCCGCAAUUGCAGGGAGAAGGAUUCACGGGCUGCAAGGGUCCCGGAGGAUGGCAAGAAUCAGCAACUCUAG